CUCUCCCUCUCUUCCAUCCCCCUCUAAAGACCACGAGUGGGUCCAAACGACCAACGACCCUCUCUUCUUCUCCGCUCUACCACUUCUCCUUUCCCUUCUGCUGCUCUACGGCUUCCAGCUACCUUGCUCUGGCGGGUGAUCACCAGUUUCACAGAAGAAGAGGGAUCUCCAUUGCCCUAUAUUCUGUGUCAGAGCCGUUUGUUUGGUUCUCGUGUCGUAGUCUGACAGUUCUUUCUCCCAUGCUACCUGUCAACAGGAGUAGAAAUCAGCCUAGGGCUGGUAGAUCUUGGCUCUUUUCAGGUUCUUUUAUUGGAAUGGAUUACUCAGAUUCAAGACACAAGCCUCAUUUUCUUGGAAAAGUUCUUAUGGCUGCUAUCCUCACAGCUUUGUGCAUAUUUAUUUUGAAGCAAUCCCCUGGUUUCAGUGGUGAUAGUAUGUUUUCUCGUCAUGAACCUGGGGUAACCCAUGUGUUAGUAACAGGUGGCGCCGGAUAUAUUGGCUCACAUGCUGCACUUCGACUCUUGAAGGAGUCAUAUCGAGUGACAAUUGUGGAUAACCUUUCUAGGGGAAAUAUUGGAGCAAUUAAGGUUCUCCAGGAGCUAUUCCCAGAGCCAGGGAGACUUCAAUUUAUUUAUGCUGAUCUGGGCGAUGCAAAAGCUGUCAACCAAAUAUUUGCACAAAAUGCAUUUGAUGCUGUUAUGCACUUUGCAGCUGUUGCAUACGUUGGGGAAAGUACACUUGAACCUCUUAGGUACUAUCAUAAUAUCACUGCAAACACAUUGGUCAUCCUGGAGGCUAUGGCAGCACAUGGUGUUAAAACUCUUAUUUACUCAAGUACGUGUGCAACUUAUGGGGAGCCUGAAAAAAUGCCUAUUACAGAAGAAACUCCUCAGUUUCCCAUCAACCCAUAUGGGAAGGCCAAGAAAAUGGCAGAGGACAUCAUUUUGGAUUUCUCAAAGAAUGCAGACAUGGCUGUGAUGAUCUUAAGAUAUUUCAAUGUCAUUGGGUCAGAUCCAGAGGGAAGGUUAGGUGAGGCUCCUAGACCUGAAUUACGAGAGCAUGGACGUAUAUCUGGUGCAUGCUUUGAUGCAGCAUUAGGAAUAAUUCCAGGGCUGAAGGUUAAAGGAGCAGACUAUCCCACAGCUGAUGGAACUUGUGUAAGAGAUUAUAUUGAUGUCACUGAUCUGGUUGAUGCUCACGUGAAAGCUCUUGACAUGGCAAGGCCUAACAAAGUUAGUAUAUACAAUGUCGGCACCGGAAAAGGUAGAUCAGUUAAGGAGUUUGUGGAAGCCUGCAAGAAAGCUACCGGGGCCAACAUUAAGGUUGAAUACCUUGACCGAAGACCAGGUGACUAUGCUGAGGUAUACAGUGACCCUUCAAAGAUUAAUCGUGAACUCAACUGGACGGCGCAAUACACUGAUCUUCAGGAGAGCCUUUCCAUUGCAUGGAAAUGGCAGAAAUCACAUCGCAAUGGCUAUGGAUCACCUUCAGUUAUGACUGCUUAAUUCAGCUUUUUGAAUCAUUGAUAACCUUUGGAUGGGGACAUGGGCUUUGAGUUGGAAGCCCUUUGCUAGCAGUCCUUGCUUAAUUUUCAGGAGAAGAGUAUCUCAGGAGCAGUUAAACUGGAUGUGGACAUCGUAGGAGAGGCUUUUACGAGCAUUUCAGAUGUAGGAGCACAGUCCAUUUAUUAUUUUUUCAUGGGACAGUAGAAAUCUAAUAAUAGCUCAUUACACACCAUUCUUGAUUAAUCUUCCUUGUAACAUGCUCAACAAUAAGUUAUACAAUGAAUCAAAAAGUGAUAGUUAUUCAUAUUCUGGUUCGGUUGGG